GGCGCCUCGCUAUUGGCUGCGCGCUGCGGGCUGGAGCCCCCGCGGGGUAAUGAACGCAGGAUUAAUGAGAGCCCCAGAGUCAACAGAAAUAAUCGAUGGGCUGCGGAGCUCGGGCGGCGGCUGCGCAGUCCCACGGGGGAGGACGUCGGAGGCCUGGGUCCGGGCGUGGGGACCUUAGCUGGACGGACGAUCGGCGCCGCGCCCGCGGUCCCUAGUCAACCCGGGCAAUGCCUGCCCCGGCCUCAGCUCCUCCUGAGGCCUCACCAGCAGCCACCCCAGAAGCACUAGAAACCGACACAGCUGCAGUCAAGGAGAGCCAAGCAGAUAUGGGUGCCGAGGAGACUGGGGCACCCAUCUCCCCCCGUCAGAAGUCAUGGUUGGUGAGGCAUUUCUCUCUGCUGCUUCGGCGAGACCGGCAGGCCCAGAAGGCAGGGCAGCUCUUCUCCGGGCUCCUGGCCCUCAACGUGGUGUUCCUGGGAGGUGCCUUCAUCUGCAGCAUGAUCUUCAACAAGGUGGCCGUCACGCUGGGCGAUGUGUGGAUCCUGCUGGCCGCGCUGAAGGCCCUGUCUCUCCUUUGGCUCCUCUACUACUCAGUGGGCACCACACGCCGGCCCCACGCCGUGCUCUACCGGGACCCCCAUGCAGGACCAAUCUGGGUUCGGGGCUCCCUGGUGCUCUUUGGAGGCUGCACCGUCUGCCUCAGUGUCUUCCGUGUGGGCUACGACGUGAGCCACAUCCAGUGCAAGUCCCAGUUGGAACUCAUCUUCCCUGCCAUCGAGAUCGUCUUCAUCAGCGUCCAGACCUGGGUGCUCUGGAAGCACUGUAAGGACUGUGUUCAGAUACAGACCAAUUUCACCAGGUGUGGCCUGAUGCUGACACUGGCCACCAACCUGCUACUGUGGGUCCUGGCUGUCACCAAUGAUUCCAUGCACCGUGAGAUAGAGGUUGAGCUUGGCGCGCUCAUGGAGAAAUUCUCAGGCAACGACACCUGCCACUGUCUCAAUGCCACCGUGUGCGAAGUUUUCAGGAAGGGCUACGUCAUGCUCUACCCCUUCAGCACGGAAUACUGCCUCAUCUGCUGCGCGGUGGUCUUCGUCAUGUGGAAGAACGUGGGACGCCGCCUGACCCCCAACUCGGGCACCCACCCCCGCUGCGAGGCACCCUUCCACCUGCACGGGGUCAUCUUCGGGCCGCUGCUGGGUCUGCUGGUGCUGGUGGCCGGUGUGUGCGUCUUCGUGCUUUUCCAGAUCGAAGCCAGCGGCCCCACCAUCGCCCAGCAGUACUUCACCCUCUACUAUGCCUUCUACGUGGCCGUGCUGCCCGCCAUGAGCCUGGCGUGCCUGGCGGGCACGGCCAUCCAUGGGCUGGAGGAGCGAGAGUUGGACACACUCAAGAACCCCACCCGCAGCCUGGACGUGGUGCUGCUGAUGGGCGCGGCGCUGGGCCAGAUGGGCAUCGCCUACUUCUCCAUCGUGGCCAUCGUGGCCACCCGGCCCCACGAGCUGCUCAACCGCCUCAUCUUGGCCUACUCCUUACUGCUCAUCCUGCAGCACAUCGCCCAGAACCUCUUCAUCAUCGAGGGCCUGCACCGGCGCCCGCUUCCAGUGGGGGUGCUGCCCGAGGCUAAGGGGGAGGCCGACGAGGGGCCCCGCAGGGGCUCCCUGCUGGAGCUGAGCCAGGGCCUGAGGAGGGUCUCGCUGGCCUACAUCCACUCCUACAGCCACCUCAACUGGAAGCGGCGAGUGCUCAAGGAGAUAGCCCUCUUCCUCAUCCUCUGCAAUAUCACGCUGUGGAUGAUGCCUGCAUUUGGCAUACACCCGGAGUUUGAGAAUGGCCUGGAAAAGGACUUCUAUGGCUACCAGACGUGGUUCACCAUUGUCAACUUCGGCCUGCCCUUGGGGGUCUUCUAUCGCAUGCACUCUGUGGGGGGGCUGGUGGAAGUCUAUCUGGGGGCCUGAAGCUCCCCCAGGGAACCUACUCACAGCAGAGCCUCAAUCAGUCCAGCUCAGGGUCAUGACCCCCCCCCCCAGUCCCCCAUGACUGCUCUCCAGGAGGGAGUCAGUGCAGAGUCUGGGAAGUUUGGGGAGCCCCUAGCCAGCCAGCCCUAAGGGACCUUGCUGCUAGGCCCAGAGAGCCCUGGAAACCAGCAGUUUGAAGGCAGCCCUGCCCCUUUGGCCCCACACACCCUGUCUUGCUAAUGAGCUCCUUAAUUAGCUGCCAGGCAGGGUUCAACAGCUCUCUCUUUCUCUGCCAUAAACCUUGUUUGUUUGAUCGAUUGUA